AGCAUAUAAAUUCAUUGUUCAGAGAUUGACAAGCGCAGUUAGCAAAAGGAUUUUAUCUGUCAACGUUCGUUUGAUUUCGUUUGUAAAGAAAAAAUCCAUCAGAAAAUCGAAGAUGCAGGGUUUCAAGAUAGUAACUUCCAUCCUAUUACUCGUCGUUAUCUGCACGGCUGAAGAUUCAGAAGAGCUUCUAGAGGAACUUAAAAUGAUUGAAAAGGAUUGUAGGGACGAAGUUGGAAUAGAGAGAGAUGAAAUAAAAAACUUUCAUCACAACCUUUGCAAUGGCGAUGAAAUAGAUAGAAAUAUUGGCUGCUUCAUGUCUUGCUUCUACAAAAAAGUUGGUGCGAUAAAAGAUGGCGAAUACCAAAUAGACGAUCUAAAAUCAGCGAUAUUACCCUUCAUAAAAGAUGAAGAAGCAAAGGAGGAACUAGGAAACAAACUAGACAUUUGCAAGAACGAAAUCUCUGAUAUAACAGACGAAUGCGACAAGACAAUUGCAUUUUCAAAAUGUCUGGCAGCCGAUUCAAAGAUGUGCAAAAAUUUGGAAGAAUAAAAGAUGAUCAUCAAUUAUUUUGCCUGUCGAUAAGUAAACAAGUCAUAAAAGGAAAACGAUGUAACAUAACCAAAAUGAAUACAAAUUAUGAUAUAAUCCAAUUUAUAAAAGAAUACAAAUUGUAACAUAAUCGAAAAGUAACAAAAUAAAGCAACAACAACUA